UCUUUGAUAGUAUUGUACCGUCAUCACUUUAAGUAUAUACUAUUGCCCACUGGUGGUCCCGGUAGUAACUUAGAUGAAUCUGGUUAGAUAGAGAAUGAGACUUGCGAGCUCUAUGUAUUUCUACAUUCUUUGGUAAGAGAGAAGAAAAGAUUACCGAUUGAACCGAUUAAAUUUGGUUCUUGUAGUUUUCCACAUACUAAUAAGGCGACGAGUGUGACAUUAUACUGUGCAUUCUCAGUACUUACCAAUAUUCAGAAAAGAAAAUGGCUUGUCCAGGAGGUACUAACGUCGGUUCUGUUCUUAAAAAACUUGGUUUGAGACCAGUUACGAAAUGCAGUCUAGUUAAGUACUACUUGCCGGCUUUCGGCGUUGCUUCAUACACAGCAUUGUCCGUCAACGUGAUGAAUCCAAGUCUCGUCAUUAGAAUAUUUCCAAAGAGAGAUAUCACAAACGUCUUACUCUUUAGUGCACUAGCAGGUACUGGCUCGUAUAUUUAUACCAGAGAGCACAUGGUAAAAGCUCAUUAUCAAAGAUUGCUAUUUAGUGGUACUGGAGCAUUGUUGCUGACUUUUGGUUCAGUUUUGAUGUGGGCUGUUCUACGAUCCAUUGUACCACCAAGUCCAACUCUGUGCACUUUAAUUGGUAUUAGUUCAGGAUUACUAGUUAUCAAAAUUGGUUCUGACUAUAUGAACUUCGUUGAUAAUUCGGUAGCUAGUGAUGAAAUCGAGAUAUCUAAAAAGUAGAUGACUAUAUUCUUUUAUUUAAUUUCAUUAUUUUUCUGCACCAAAUUUAUAUUAUUCGAUGGAAGAUAAAAUACAAUCUAUUUGCCAUUAGGUAAUUAGAAUAUCAUCGAGCUUAAUAAUACUUGUGGUUUUCUAAAUUUUAUAUGAUUGUCUCUAUUUGUAGUAAAAAUUGUAUUGUGAGAUUUGUAUUUAACAAUUGUUUAUUUAUUAUACUUAUGUUUUCGUUAAUUUAAUAACAAUACGGUAUUGAUUGAAACAUAUUUCUUAUAUCCAACUAUAGGAGAUUGCCAAUGCAUAUUAAACUAGGUGAGAAAUAAUUGUAAAAUAGAUGAGAAUAUUCAACAUUUUUUUGACCAAAUCUCAUUAUCUUGACAAUUAGGUUUUGCCAAUUAUACUUAUAUUUUUAUUUUUUUUUCUUAUAUGAGACAAAAAAACAAAUAUGGUAUUGUUUUU